AAUGUUUCUUUUUACAUACUUUUAGGCAAAUGACUCUUAUCUUCAGAUGGCAAUUGGAAAUGCUCCAUGGCCCAUUGGGGUAUCAAUGGUGGGAAUUCAUGCCCGAACAGGAAGAGAAAAGAUCUUUUCACAGAAUGUGGCUCGUAUCCUUUUCCUUUCUAUAAUGAUGUGACACAGUUGUUUUGUUUCUAUAUAUAGCUUUUUAAAGCCUACUGAAUCUACAUGCAACCAUACAUGUACAAUGUGUAACGCCUGAGAAAAUUUCAGAAUUAUUACGUUAAUUUGAAGUUUGUUUAAGAUUUUGAAUACAAACUGCAUGAUAUGAGACAGGAGAAAAUCACGGCUGUUUCUUUAACUCAUCAUUUCAUUAGAUGUUCUCAACGAUGAAACACAAAGAAAGUAUAUUCAGGUAUGGCCGUGAUUGGAAUAAGUGAAAGUCCAGUUGUUUUUCAGACAGAAAUUCUGUGACAAAUUAAAGACCACCCCUCAUAGUUAGAACCACCUUGUACAGCAUAAUAAACAGUACCACAGGAAAGUACUGCCCGGGGGGGACUCCCAUAUGAAACAGACAGGGAUGCUCGUCGUCUCGCUUAGGGGUGUAAAUUUUGGAUUUUGGUCUCGCUUAGGGUGUUCCGGGCAAAGUGCCAAUAUUUUAAGCCGCCAAGGUCUCGUUUAGGGUUCCGCGAAAAACUUGAGAUUUAUGACAAUGCUUUUAAAAACUACUUUUAGAUAAAAGCAUUCGAUGAUUAUGUCUUUAUAUCAUUAAAACUCAUUGCAUGUCGUAUUUGUGUGAUUUUAAGUGGUCUCUUUUAAGGGUCAAAAUUUGCUUAAGCCAUGCCCAGAUGGUCUCCUUUAGGGGUUAAAUUCAAAAUUUCCGACGAGCAUCCCCGUCUGUUUCAUAUGGGAGUCCCCCCCUGGGAGUCACUUAAGGAUUUCAUCCACAGACUUAAAAGUUAGAACCACCUUGUAUAUACUAGGUUUGGCUGUUCUGCAAUGCUUUUGGGUGGUAUACCGGGAAAUAUCCUACGAGUGAUUUUCCUAAGUAUACACACGAGCCUUUAAUCAGCUUAAUAGACAGCACCUUAGUAAAAUACUGCUCAUCUUUGUGGUGGCAAUGUGGGAUUUCUUCAAUAUAGCCAAUUAGAGACAACCGAAAGUUGUCAGGCAGCAACUCCUGAUAGAUUUUCUCAGGCGACGCACUUGGCAGCACAUUUGAAGAGGACAUUGUAUAUAUAAUCAAUCAAUUUCCAACUGAAAUUCUAAAGGAAAACCGUUGAAAUCAAACACGUCUCUAUUCUCAUCUCGCACAGAAAUGUCAAACUACAGUGAAACCUGUAUUAAGCGGACACCCUCGGGGAAUGCUGUAGUGUCCGCUUAAUACAGGGUGUCCGCCUAAUACAGGUUUCGAUAGAUAACGUCAUAUGAGGUGUCAAAUGCCAUUCAAAUGAAGAGUGGAAACGUUUAGAAUACUCCCAGCAACUAUGACGAUAUGCGUUUGCAUUAAUUUCUUUAGCAAAGGGAACCAGUUGAUCAUAGUACCAUAAACAUAGAUUGCAACUCAAAUUUGAAGAAAUCAGAAGAGUGAAAAAAGCUUUAUACAAACAAAACGAAAUAGAAAACAGUACAGUACGGUGAAACUAAUCAAAUAAGUUCGUCAAGUCAAGUUUUUAAAUGUAAAAAUCGAAAAAUUUGUGGGUGGCAGUUUGAGGCAGUCUUUCGCAUUUCCGGUGUCUGGCUGCAUGUUGGAUGGUGGAAUUUAAUUACAAGUGUCCGUUUAAUACAGGUUGGCAACAAUAGAAAUGACCAUUUCAGGUACUUUUUAGGUGUCCGCGUCCGCUUAAUAGAGGUGUCCGCUUAAUAAAGGUUUCAUUUAAAGUAGACAAGGGAAAUAAAUUUUGGGACUUCGACUACUGUCCGCUUAAUAGAGGGUGUCCGCUUAAUACGGUGUCCGCUUAAUACAGGUUUCACUGCAUGCAAAUGCUUACCCCUGCAGUCAACCUCACGCAACACAUGUUUUGGUAAAGCGAGUACAAUACCAAGGAGAGUGCAACGCAUAAAUUAUAACAAUAAAUUAUGAAAUUCCUGAAUCGACGCAAUGACAACUUCAAUGACAUGAUGACAGCGGAAAACACUAAAACUUACACGAUCCAGAUGAUUGCUAGCCUGAAUUUCAUCCGAUUGCUUCCAGUCGUUUUCUCCUCUAUGGCAAGCCAAAUGUAGCAAUAAUGUUAAUAUUUUAAUUCGUUUAAUUUUUUAUGUAAUUUUGUAUUAUACAUUCAACUGUGCGUUUUAUAUUCAACUUACAUUCAACAUUCAAUGUGUUAUUCAAUAUUCAACUUUCCAUUCAACAUUCAACUAUUCAUUUUGAAUUCAAUUCUUCAUUUACCCAUUCAAUUAUCUAUUCAAUAAUUUCAACUAGUUAUUCAACAUUUAAUUAUUCAUUCAACAUUCAAUUAUUCAUUCAAUAUUCAACUAUUCAUUCAACAUUCAACUAUUCGUUUCAGUUCAUUAAGUCUUUUGAGUCCUCACUACUUCUGGUCAGUGAUGCAUAUCAUUGCUUGUUAAAAACAUGGCGGCGAUGGCUAGAAUGCCCGGGGGGGGGGGGGUACUGCCAUUUGUGGGCUAUUUAGGUAUGUGCCGCUGUGAAGGGUAUGGUUUUCAAGUAGUUUACUCUAGGAUAGGGUAUAUAAAUCAGAGCGUUUGGGUCUAGAAUAGGGUAUCAUUUUUCAGGACACUGAUCAGUUGGUUGAAGAUUUUAUCUAGACUAAGGAUUGUGGUAUAAGUUUUUGUUUUGGCUAGACUGUGCUAGUGAUAGGGGGGACUUGGGGAAUUUACUCUAGUAUAGGGUAGCAAAAUUCAGCUGAACUAGCUCUGGUGUAGGUUAAGGGUUCCAGGGUCCCAGCGGCACAUCCCCACCCAGCAAUUUCUUAAGUACCCCCCGGGCUAGAGUGCCGGCUAAGGAAAUAGAAUCUCAUGAAGAUGAAUUAAGUGUCCACCUGGAUGUGGAGUCUGACCAUCCAAGUUUCCCUUAGAACUGACCAGAUUUCCCAGACGAAAGUUAAUGAGGAAAUUGUGGAGCAGCAUAUUGAUAUUGUCGAUCAAAUGGUGCGUUUGCCUCCUACACUCCUAGACAGCAGUUCUAAUAUUAACACCUAUGACAAAGAAACCUUAGAUAAUCUCUCAACUCCACAGUGUUGCCCCAAAACGUUUCAAGUUUGCUGGUGACUCAGUUAUUCCAUCCGUGUUGUGCGCGGCUGAGAGCAAAGCGGUUGCCAUUACUGAAUGUCGAGACUGUGCAAUUCUCUAACAGGGGUGCGCCGCGACCAUGCUCAGAGCCGUUCCCGGGCGGUCGCCUUUUGUUUGCCGUUUGUGUGCAUUUUUUAAACGGCUCUAAGUAGUGUUACCGGUAGCAACGAUGUGAAAAAUUUGUUUUCGGGAGGCCUGUGGGUAACAUGGACUGGAUUAAUAAAACAUGGAGUGAUAACACAUGGAUUAAUAAAACAUGAAGUGAUAUAACAAGGAUUUAUGACCAAGUAAGAGAAGGUUUUUCCUGCUUUCGGCAAACAUGACAGUAGCUCCUGCUUUCUGUCACACAAUAUUUCCGGUCGGCGAUGAAAUAAAAUAGGGCCAGUUAUAUUUUAUCUUACUUUUUCUCAAAAGGGUCACUUUUGUUUGCCAACAGCAAAAGUAUUUCGUAUAAAAUAGACAGUUACAUUAAUCACUGAAACUGUCAAAAUUGAUGUUGUCUUUUGACCAGUGUCGGCGAAGUAUCGCGCGCGCGCGCGAGAGAGAUACAGGUUGUUUACCAUUUAUAAAAAAAAUUUAGGAAAUUUUGGUUGGGAAUUUUCGGUCGGUAAGAAUGGUACGUGUCGUUUACCAUUUGCCUAAAACUUCCGGAUUGUCGAUAUGCCGAGGCAUUCCGAAAACGCGUGGGAUACUUCGGAAAAAAGUAAAACGCUGCAUAUUCACAAGCCGACAAAAUGGUGAAUAACGUUUCUUUACGUUACUUUUUGUCGUUGUUGUUUUCAGUUUCACGAGAGCGUUGUUAGUGGACCUGCAUCAUAGAAGAAAAAUUAUAUUUGAAAAGUUGACUUAUUGGUUCAUUACAAUCACUAGUUUAUUGUUUAUUGGCUCAGCAAAUUCGUCGUCGAGGUUUAAAUUGGUCUAGAGGAGGAAUUUUAUGUGGUCAGAAACAGGAAAGUUGAAUUGCAAUUAAUUGCAACGAGAACUGUUUAAAGAAUUAAUUUCCAUUAUUUUUUCCGCUUUUAGGUUUGUUUGUAUAAAAUCCCUCAGUUGAGGGAUUUAUCUGCAUAAAUCCUUCAAACAAGAGAUUUAUACAGGGAAAUUCCUAGUUAAUAGUCGUGAAUUCAAUUCAUCAGCCUCGCUCUUCCCUGCUACGUCAUCAAGCCCUCCCCAGACUUUCAGUUUGUUGAAUACUCAAGAGGGUAAAUUGUACAUUGAAUAGAGCUUUAUUCAAGGUUGUUGAAUAACAAAACAAAUGGUGUGAAUCAUGAAAUAACAUUUCUUAGUAUAUACUUAAACAGUGGAUAGUGUUUUUCGCGUCCCCUGAUUGGCUACUGAAUCAGUGAAUAUCCUGCACCAUUCACUGAUUCACCUCCAGUUGCUCCGAGCGAGCGACACCAAACUCGCGUAAGUUUCGAGCAAGAGCUAAACAAAUACCUCCAAAGUUUUAUUUGUCGGCAAGAAAAAGCGACGACCGCAGCCGUUCGGUCCUUGCACGCCAAAUUUGUAAUCGUUGCUGGCAACAGUAAAUGAGUUAAAAAUCAUCAUUUUUGUGCUCAAUUAUCUCACUGUUUUAGUAUAUACUAAAACAGUUAUUCACCUCGGUGUCGGUGACUAGCCACCUCCACUUCGGUGACUAAUUGUUAUUUACACGCGGGGACUUUAAGCAUGACCGCUGUAAAAGAACAAGGUUAGUCCAAGAUACUUUUAUAUCGUCUGUAAUUUAAACUUACGCAUUAUUUUGCUUUUAAAAAGCUUUCUUAUAUUUUCAAUUUUUCCGUCCAAUAAAAAGUUUAGACUUGAACAUGUGGCUAACAAGUUGAUGAGUUUCUUGAUUAACGAAUUUCUAGGUAUUUCCAUACAAACUGCAUUGAAUUCCAUGGAGGUAUUUCACACGUGUAUUGAAACUUAAUUGAACCCAAUCCAAAUCCAACUAAAAAAAUGAAAUGCAUGUUGUUGACUGCAGAUGUCAUUAUGCAGCCUGCACUGAUUCCAACCUACUGGAAUCUGAAUAGGGGUAUGCACCCUUGUUGAUUAUGUAAAAUAGCAUUCUCUAUGUCGUCAUGGCAUUUCUGAGACACUGGAAUGUUCAUUAAGGGCUUAUAAUUUUAAAGUGACUUUAAUUUAUCAAAGUAAAAAAAUUUUUUGGGAGAAUAAUUAUUCACUCAAGCGCCCUUGAAUUUAAAAAGAAAGCAUCCAAAUGGAAAAUUAUAAAAUCAAUGAAAACAGGAAUUCAAUAGUGAUCAUAAAGCGAGAGGCCGCAGUUGGCGGAUAAUAUAGAAAAAAAAUUGGUACCAUAAAACUUGAUCUUAUUUCUUGAAACAGGUCUUCCUUUUCAUUCAACAUAUGGAGUGAAUGUCUUGCCUAUUUAAACCAUUUUCCUUUCUUGGUCAAAUUUCUUUGGUCAAAUAUGUCAACAUGUGAAGCAUCUUAAGUAUGGUUAAGAAAAAAAUGCUCCCAUCAACUGUGUGAUACUUAAAGGAAUAUCCAGAGAAACAUUUGGGUAAAGUGCCCACUUCCAACAGCCUCCUUUCCGACCAGGAUCAAAAUUCAUUUCUAAGCACUUUCUAAGUAUUACCUCACUUAAUUCGGAACACCAGGUGAUUCAAGAAGAUGAGGAUAUUGAUGCUAUGUUUCUUUUUUCAUUAAGAGUAAAGGUUUUCCCGUAUCACUCCUUCAUUGGGACAAGAAGGGCAAGAGGUACAGGUUAAAAUCUGGUAGCGGGACAUGCAUGGUAACGGGAGACACCAAAGAGAACAUGAUUGCUGAGGCUUCAGCCCACUUUAAGUUACGAGAUCAGAUACUCGUUUUUCAAGAUGGGAAAGAGGUACCAGAGAACUUUAACAUAUCCUCAUAUACCCAGACAAAGAUGAUAAAAUACCCGUCGAGGGCAAAGGCCGGGGAACGACUUUAUCUUCUGCAUGCAAGUGAAAAAAAAGGUAUAUGCUCCAAUAUUACAAUAUUGUAAAUUUUUUUGCAAUUUUUUGGGAGACUUACAAUACUUUGAUGAUAAGAUGGAUGACUUUGCCUUCCACAUUGUCAAUUUUAGUCACAUAUGGACAUGCACCACAUUAAAAAAACCUGGUGCCAGUUUUUCAAAAGGUGGAUAGCGCUAUCCACCAGAUAAAUCUUUAUUCAGUGGAUUAAGUACAAUUAGUUUCGCUAAUACUUGUCCGCUGGAUAGAGAUUUAUCCGCUAGAUAGCGCUAUCCAGCUUUUCAACAACUGGGGCUUGGCCUAAGGUGUUUAUCUCCCUCAACUAUUGAGAAAAUAUUGGACUUGGUAAAUAGACGUCGCCAACUUUCAUCGUUGCCUCUAUUAGGGGUACCCAACAACUGUUUUCUGUAAAAUGUCUGUUCGGAGGAGGAAAUAUUGCCUAGAAUGUUCUUGAAUACGGCUAAUAAUUUCUAGAUGAACGUUCCAUUCAGGUACAAUUUUCGAAGAAAAAAAAAAUUCUGUUUACUCCUUAUGUUAGGCUAAUUUUUGUAGAAAAAGAUAACCUAAAAUUUUCAGAUUCUAAAAUCUGAUGGAGAGAGGAAUAAGAAAAAUUCUCACUUUCGUAAAACGUGCAAUUGCAACUAAGAUUUUCAGGAAAAAAAAAACACUGAAGCCCUCAUGAUCUCGGAAAGCCUCAAGUUUCCCAAGCAUGACUGAACAGAUGCAAAUUUUAUAGUGCCACUUAGAAUGCGUUUCUAGAGAUCUAAAAGUACCGUGGAUAAUCUAUAAAGACUUUUCAAUGCAUUUAGGAGGAAACAAUUGUUGCGUGCCCUUGUCUAUUAACAAGGCCUCAAAUCACAUUAUAUUGUUUUACUUUCAGUGAGUUAAACUGUGCAUCUCUCAUUCUGGGUUGCCCCUUCUAAAAUGUUGUGCAAUUAGCAUAUGGUGGAAUUUACCAUUUUCGGCAUUUGAUGUAACAUCUAUCUCUAUAGUAAAAGCAAUUAUUUCAUGCCAGUGUCCCCCCUACGACUCUUUAUAGUUUGUGAUCAACUCAUCAAAAGAAAUUGUAGGCCAAAAAAUAUACAUUCAGCGUUAACGGAUUCAGUGAUUACAACGCAACAAUGAAAUUCCCAGAAGUUAUUUCAAUAUCAAGAGACUCGCUUAAAUUAGUUUUUGAUAUGAUGUUGACACUGAAUCUUCUUUUAAUUGCUUUUCCAUGUGACUAUGACUUUUGAUAUUUGUAACAUCAAAAUUGAAUCGCACUUUAACAUUGUCUCUCAAAUUAUAGAGGACAAGAGAGCAGCGGAUGCACAACAUCACCUCUGGGGGUUCAAGUAGAUACAAAAAGGUCUGGUGGAGGUGCAUUAUAUGCACACCUAAAAAUAGAUCUCAUGUUCGAUCACAGUAGAUUGGACCAGGAAAACAAAUUCUUCCCUUUCAAAAUAACCCAGCCACCCACCACCUUAAUUUUAAAAGGUUAAUUCAUAGUCUCCCCAACCACUCUGUUGGAGAGACUUUGGAUAGUAGUGCUGCACACAUAUUCUAAAAAUAGUCUACGUCUGAUAAGACCCACCACAUGACUAAGACAAACUUUUCUUCUCACUCAAAGGCGUUGUAUCGCGUUUACCGAGUGUUGAGUCAAAAAAUUGUUUUUUUUAUCGUAUUUUUAUCUGGAUAUGGUAAACAACAAGCGUCACAGCUGGGAAGAAUGUGAGAGAGACUCAAGGAUCCCAGAAAGAGUGGCCUGAAUCACUAAAUAAAUGCGAGAAAUCCGGAAUGUGGGCUAUAUAGGUAUGUGCCGCUGUGAAGGGUAUGGUUUUCAAGCAGUUUCCUCUAGGAUGGGGUAUACCCCGCCCGAAAGAGGUACCUUUUUCAGGCCUCAGGUAUAUAUUUGAAAGGGAAGGGAUUUCACUAGUUAUAAAGUAUAUAAAAGGUUAGGGAAAUCUGUCAUUUGAGUCUGUAAAGAGGGGCUUACAGAUGCAUUUUACGGUUGUGAAAAAAAAAAAUGGUGAAAACUUCUGUUUGUGUGAUUUAUUAAAAUUUUAAAGACAGUGUAUUUUACAGCAGUUUAAAGGGAUGCAAAGUUCUAAAGUAGGUAUGUCAAAGGGGUACAGUUUGUCAACUGAAGGUAUACAAAAGGGGUACUGACCUUUUCUGUCUGUCUUCGUCUGGGACAAAAACUCGGUAGAUACACCGCGAACGUUUUCAUUGGUAGACAUUUUAGUACAGUCUAGCACCUCUCGCUGUUGUGUGACGUAAAAAACUCUGACAGUGACCACCCCUUCAGCCCAUCUUCAGUGCCUGUCGUUCUGUCGAAUCUCAUGGGUUAGGGAAUGGGUUAGUCUUACUAAUGAAAAUUAAUGAGGAGAGAUUGGGGCGGAGAGAGGAAAUCACCUAUGACGAAACGUAUAGCCUGUGAGCUUAGCUAAAUGGUUUCCUGUAAACUUAUCAAUAACAACAUCCCAUAGAUCGCUCUCUUAUUAAACAAAGAGCAUUGUGUUUGUUUCUUUCUGUAGGUGUGCUGCUUAACUCCAUGACCAAUAAUCUAACUACUGUACAUCACCGUCAAAUGACUGACGCAAUUUCUAGGAGGGAAGUCUGGGAAAUAUCAGCUGCAAGCAAUGAGAUUAACAGCCGGGAACUUCACUUCCGUUGCAGAGAUCGAUAAAUCAUCCUUUACAGACAACAUACUUAUCAUCACCGUUUCAACUUGGCUGUUUGUCAUCUUUUGUUUGCUGCUAAUUUUCUACUACCACUGGCAAGUCUGCCAGUACAUAGGAGCACGAACUGGGAAUCGCCAGAAUAAUUUUCUCUCUAACUUUUAUUUAAAGCCCUCAAGGAGGCGUAGGUAAAACUUGCUGAUAUAUUAAAACAGACCACCGGUCACGAUACUACUACCGAUCAAGAGAGUCUGCAACUCUUUUUUAGCUAAUGUAGCACAGUACAUGGAUAACAGAAUUGGGUUGAGAAAGAUUGAGCAAUAUGUAAUACUAAUAUGGAGCAUCACAAUUCUUGAUUGGAUUUCGUCAACGAGAAAGACCGUAAUUUUUGACAAGAGUAUGUUUGAAAUGGAUCCCUGGUGACGUUAGUAUAGUCGAACUGUACGGAAGCGAAGCGCAAGGCUCUGCUCUGACGUAACAUUUCCCGCCGGGCAUUUUUCUUACCAGAUCGAAAACUCAGUGAAGCUGGCAAUUUACACAACUAGAUAACUGUCAUUUUUCCAGGCAACAAAUGGUCCCGUAUUUUUCUCACGAACAAUAUUGCGAGUGAUGUUCACGAGCGCGAAAGCCAGUGAAAAUCGCUCCCGGUGAGGAGUGUUGUACCAUACAGUAUCUCUCUCACAUCUCCGACCCUUCCCAUAAGCUCCCGACUGCCGCUGAGAAAAAUUUGGGACUGCGCGUAUUCUGGUACUUUUACAUUUUUAUACGAUCCUAUUCCAUUCCAACGUUAAUUUAUUAUUUCUCCAUCUAUUUUUAUGCGUUCAUAUCUGAUCCCAAGUUAUGAUGCUAGGGAGUGAUGAGCUCAAGCUGUUGCUCUUAUUUGUUCAGUAAACUAAAAUUUAGAUAUAUUUAUUAAC